AUGCUUUUCGGUGAUGAACCGCCAGCCAAAGUUGUUUUCGGCACCGGAUUUGCCAAUCGUCCAACAUUUCCAACUGAUAUUCAGCAUGAUUGCUUUGGAAACUAUCAAACGCCUAUACGCGGCGUACCAAAUCUUGGACCCGGUUCAUACGAAAACGAUGCAAAAUCAUCAUUUCGAUACGUACUUGAUCAGCAACCUAUGAGUCGACGUGGCUACACAUUCAAUGCACGGACAGAAAAGCGCGAAGCUUUUGUACCAAAAACUGAUGUACCAAGUCCGGAUACUUAUCAAAAAGAUCUAACAGCGAGAGAACACACUAGACGAGCAUUUAAGCCAUUUGACGUAGGCGGGGAGCGGUUACCGUCCAUGGCUAAACAUGGCAAUCUUCCCGGACCAGGAACAUAUCAAUGGGACGUCAAACAGAAUCGACAGGUUCAUAUGCGACAUAGUUUUGGUGGACGAACAAGUUUGAUACCUGUUAUCAAAACAAAAUGUGCACCAACAAAUACAGAUCAAUGUCAAAUCUGUCGAAAACAACCGGUUGGAGAUUAUUAUCAAUUUCAUAAGGAGAUCUUAUGUGCGUCAUGUUUUAAUUUCAACUGGCAAUGGGAAGAAAAGUUCAAACGACCACACUUGCAAGCUUUUCAGAAAGUUCGCGACUGUUCGGAUGUUCACGAGCAUGGUGGAACUACGGCAAAAGUUCAGUUAGUUGAUGAUCGAUUAAUAAAAAAACUUCAACGUAAAGAAGCUUAUUUGAGUCUUUAUUGGCCAUAA